AUGUCGGGUGUGUGUGGAACUGCAGUAACGACGGCGCAGGAGUCGACGUUGCCGCAAAGGAGCCCAGUGGAGCGCGAGAAGACGGCUCCGAUGUAUGAGUUCUGUGCAGAUGCUGGGCUUGGCGCGGCACCGCUUCCAAAAAACAGCAGCAGCUGGGAGUUUCUGGACCUGGAUGUGGGCGGGAGCCUCGCAGUGGCUUCAGGAUCCUCGCACAGCGAGCCCGGCAGCUUACUCGUCUGUGAGCAGGUCCCUGCGGACCACGACGGUGACGGGCGUCACUCUCUACACGCGCCGGCAGCGACGGGAGAAACCGCGGCUGCCUCUGCGCCGCCGCCUGUUGCGCUUCUGCCGCUGUUUGACGAUAGGAAUAGUCGCACCGCAGACGACACCGCGUCGGGGGACGCGUUCGGCGGCGCUGCCUCCCCCCCGAAGGGGCGCUGCCGCCGCCGGUUUGGCCUUGCCGGGCUGGCAGAGGGGCGUUGCUCCCUGGCCCGCGGUGUGUCAACGAUGUGGUCCCUUCUCUCCACUACCUCUCAGACCCACCUGCCUGUGGCCCUCACCGUGCCGUGCCCGGAGCUGGCCGCGACGACGACGACGACGAACAUCCCCAACGACGAUUGCAUUCUCGUCACCUCCGCCACUGAGACCAUCCCUUCUGACCCAAUCGGUGUCUACAAGCAUCACGAUGACGCCCACAACUCCUUACACGCCAGCGCGGUGGUAGCGGGAACGUCGAGGGUGGAUUCACUGCCGAGUUCGUUGCCUCUGGCACCACACAACAUUGCCGUGCCGCACUCCUCUUACGAGGGUGCCACAGAGCAGACGGCCUACAGCAUCGGUGCGACAAGAUCCGGGUCGCCAAUGGGCACCACGGCGAAUACCAUCCUCAUUCCUCACGUCAUCAGUGUUACCACCACGUCCCUGACUAGCGACGGUGAGCAGUGCAUGGGUGAGCCCUGGUGGGCAGGUGUGUGGACGCCAACCUUGGCGGAUACCAGCACCUCCAGCGAGCACGCUGCAGUGGCCUCGAUCGCGUCGACACUUCCGUCGCCAUCUCAAGGCGCGCCUGUGGUGUCGGAGGACGACAUUCGACGGCUCGGCGAGGAGGCGGCACUAAGGGAGGCCCGGGAGGCUGCUGUGGCAAUGGUGCUGGAAAGUCAGCUGGAGUUUACUAGACCGUCAUCCACGUUACCAUCGCCACGACCUAAUGCUGGGGCUAGCGGGGGACAGAGGGGCGCGCGCGAGCAGUCAGCACUGCUGCCCGCGUGGCUGCUGAAGCCUUUGGUGUCGCUGUGUGACUGUCAGCAGCAUCCCUGCAGCUGCGAGGAGAAUGGGCAGGAAAGCGAAGCACUGCACCUCCCGGAUAUUGGUAGUCCCGGAAGCGCGGCCGCACAGAGUAGACAGUGCGAACAGCGAAAGGCAGCUGCAUGGAUCUCCCGACGCAUGUCCUUCAUAUCCUCGUCAUUCCUGGCCAUACCUCUCCUGCCCUCGACUAUGGCCGGCACCGCUUUUUCUUCGGUGGCGACGGCCGCAACGUCAACUUCCGAUGGCGCCUCAGCUGCCUUGUUCUCCAUCUUCACGGUAGAGUCGUCGUGGUUUUGGUCGCAGGCCUGUAUUGUGUGUGCCAGCGGCUCGCAGCGCGCGCUCAAGGGGCUGCACCAGGUGUGUGAUUAUGUGUGGCAAGACUUGAAGAACCACUGGUACCCGCAGCUACGUCUCGUGCUGGGCGAUCACUCAUCAGCGCGCAAAGUCCGCUGCAGCCGUCACACACGUCGUCUUCUCAAGCAGAAGCGCAGAUCGGGGAACGGCGAGAGCGCUACGGCGACCAGUGACGACGCCUCUACGGACCCCACCGCGUUCGUCCCUCCUGCUGCCCGUGGAGCUGCCUCGACUUCCCCCACAGGGACAGUGGAGUGGCGCAGCGUGUCUUCGCCGUGCUUAUUCAAGGGUGACGUUUGCAUUACCCGAGAGUCAACAGCGCACCAGUACAUGUCGUGGGGGGAUAGAACCGCCGCGGUAGCCACCCACCAUUUCCAUGCCAGCAGCAGCACCACCAGCAGCAGCGACGCCAGCUCCCCACCGCUGCCACAAUCCCCCAAAGAUGGCGUGCGACUCUACGCCGUCAUGACCGCCGAGGCCGUCGUGUCAGCCGCGCAAGGUCUACUGGUGUUCCUGUUGUGA